AAGGCGCGGCAAGAAGGACAACCUCAGCGGUUACUUCCUGGCGUCCAGAAGCAUGCACUGGCUCCCGGUGGGUGCCUCCCUGUUCGCCAGCAACAUCGGUAGCGGCCACUUCAUCGGACUGGCCGGCACCGGCGCCGCGUCCGGCAUCGCCGUGGCCGGCUUCGAACUGAACGCCGUGUUCGUGCUCAUCAUUCUCGGCUGGGUGUUCGUGCCUGUGUACACCUCCGCGGGCGUGUACACCAUGCCCGAGUACCUGCGGCUGCGCUUUGGCGGCCAGCGGAUACGGGUGUACCUGUCUGUGCUCGCCAUUCUCCUCUACAUCUUCACAAAAGUAUCAGCGGACCUGUACGCCGGGGCGCUGUUCAUCCAGCGGGCGAUGCAGUGGCAGGGCGACCUCGGCCUGUACCUGGCCAUCAUCGUGCUGCUGGUGAUCGCCGCCGUGUUCACCAUCUUCGGCGGCCUGACGGCCGUCAUCUGGACCGACUUCGUGCAGACCGUGCUGAUGAUCGCCGGCUCACUCAUCCUCUGCGUGCUCUCGUUUGUGGCGGUUGGUGGGUACGGUCCGCUGAUCGAGCAAUACUUCCUGAAGGAACCGAGUCCGAACGUCACCGUGUACGACAGCAACAACAGGUCGUGCGCCGCGCCACGGGAGGACGCCAUGCAUCUGUUCAGAUCGGCUGCUCCGGGAGACUCGGACCUGCCCUGGACAGGCAUGACGUUCGGCCUCACGAUAUCGGCCGUCUGGUACUGGUGUUCAGAUCAGGUGAUCGUGCAGCGCACCCUGGCCGCCAAGAACCUGACCCACGCCAAGGGUGGCGUGCUGCUGGCCGGCGCGCUCAAGUUCCUGCCGCUCUACCUGCUCGUGCUCCCUGGCAUGGCGGCGCGCGUGCUGUACACGGACACGGUGGCCUGCUCGGACCCGGAGGCGUGCCGUAGCAUCUGCGGCUCCGAGUCCGGGUGCUCCAACCUGGCUUACAUCGAGCUGGUUCUUAACCUGCUGCCGCCCGGCGUCUCAGGUCUGAUGCUAGCGGUGAUGCUGGCCGCACUGAUGUCCUCCCUCACCUCCAUCUUCAACUCGGCCUCCACUCUCUUCACCAUCGACGUAUAUACCCGGAUCAGGGGCGGCGCAUCAGAGCUGGAGCAGGUCAUCGCCGGCAGGGUGUUCGUGCUCUUCAUGGUGGGCGUGUCGAUCGUGUGGAUCCCGAUCAUCAACUCAUCGGCUUCCAGCCAGCUGUUCGUCUACAUCCAGAGCAUCACCUCCUACCUGGCCCCGCCCAUCUGCGCCAUCUACGUCCUCGCUGUGUUCUGGCCACGCGCCAACGAGCAGGGCGCCUUUUGGGGCAUCAUGCUGGGCCUGGUCCUCGGUAUGGUGCGAUUUGGAAUCGAAUUCUCCUACACGGUACCGCCGUGUGGCUCAG